UUUCUCUGCACACAGCGAAGGCCGGAUAGAUGGCGCAGGGCAUUUGACUCCACUAAAUGGACUUACGGAUCGCACAGCAAGAAGAAGCUACCGCCCAAGCAAGCUCGAGUUCCAGCACCAACGCCCACAGCACCAGCACCACCGCUCAGCCCGAAUCCCGAGCCACUCGAUCCAGCGCCCGCGUCCGAGCAGCCAAGGAGAAAGAGAGGCUUACUACCGCUCGCGAGUCGUCCGACUUAUCCAGCAUCACCGCCGUCGAUAGCACCGGCAGCAUCUCUCAACGCAUCACCCGUUCUACAGUCCAGGCAUCCAAAGCCAAGCGUCCCCGCGAUCAAAUCUCAGCUAAAGGAAAAGGCAAAGAGAAGGAUACGGGAUCCGGCGAGGAUAUUGCCUCCAGACCGAGCAAGAAGUCGCGUCGUGCCACUUACCCAGUGACCGCCGGAAUCUCCAUCCAGGAACCCUCGCGAGACACCAAGGGGAAGAAGCGCGCUGCUCCUGACAGCAUCUCCGAAGACGAAGACGCCCACCCAGCUGGCUCGUCCUCCAUCUCUGCACCCGUCAAACGCACAAAGACCGCCGCCGCUUACUCUCUCCGAUCCAGAAUCGAUACUAGCACUGCCACCGUACCGUCCGCCGACAUGCCUCGCAAAACCAGAACCUCGCCCCCCAAGGGCAAAGCUGCCUUGAAGAGCAAGAUAUCUGGUUCCAGCUCCUCGCGCACCGAAGAUGAUGAUACAUACUCGAUGAUGGAUGUGGACCGCAAAGCCGAGGCUGCCGAAGGUGAACACGCCGAAGGCACUCAAGCCGAAGUCAAUCGUGACCCCGACGACCGCCCGAACGAGAACGAUGACGAGGAGAACGAUCAUGACGAUGAUGGAGAAGGUGAUGGCGAAGAGCAUGGCGACCCAGAGUCCCCUCAAGACCACGCCCACGGACGCCCUGCAUUCGAUGAUCUCACUGCAAUGGCGAUUCUGGGCGACUACGGGAGACUUGGCUCGUUCAUGCUCUCCAUGUCAACUCGGAUCAAGUCCAUGUUGGGGAACAUUAAGAUGAGCGCCGACCCAACAACGCGGCUGAUUACUCUCCAGGAGCUGAGCGAGUUGUUGAGUAUGAGUACGGAGGACACAUUGGCCGGAAGCUUCCCGGUCGAGGGUUAUGUGAGAGAAUUGGUGAGGAUCUUGGGCGGAAGUGGGAAUGCUGAAGGCGAGGACGGCGAGGACGGCGAUGAUGGAGGGGAAGGGGAUGAACAGGACGAAGACGCUCAAUUAGCCGCUGCCAUUGCGAUGAGCUCGGGAGGCGCUUUCCGCGGUGACGAGAAUUUGGAGGCGCAAGUGCUGGCAUGCAGAUGCUUGGCGAAUCUGAUGGAGGCGCUUCCUGGCGUAGCGCAUACGAUCGUCUACCACGGCGCGCUCCCCGUCCUCUGCAGCAAACUUCUCGAAAUAUCCUACAUCGAUCUUGCCGAGCAAACGUUGAGCACGCUGGAGAAAAUUUCGGAGGAGUUUCCCAGCGCAAUCGUGCGUGAAGGUGGAUUGGCCGCGCUGCUCUCGUACCUCGAUUUCUUCUCCAUCGCAGUGCAGCGGACCGCGCUUCAGGCAGCCUCCAACUGUUGCCGCAACAUCUCGUCCGAGCACGUCUCCAUGCUCCGGCCCGUGUGGCCUAUCAUCCGCAACUGCCUGUCGUACUCUGACCAGAGAUUGGUCGAGUAUGCGUGUCUGUGCGUUAUACGCGUGAUUGAUUCCUAUCACCGCAGUCACCCUCAGCUUCUCGAAGACCUCGUCGAUCUGGAAUUAAUCAAAGCGGUCAACUUACUUCUGCUACCAGCGGGUGGUAGUCCCCUGAUUGCCGCAAAUACUUUCACAUUGUUGUUGCGUGCCCUGGCGAUAUCGGCAAAGGCGAGCCCGAAAAUCACCAUCACCCUGCUCGAGGCAGAUAUCGUGUCGACCUUGUACCAGAUCUUGACCGGCGUCCUUCCCCCUGCGAGUGAGGGCCAUGAGGAACAGGGAGAAGCAAGCGGAGGCCAAGGCCUCGGAGGUGGUUUAGCAGACAUGACCGUCAUGGAGAACUUGGCGCAUAGGCCAAAGGAUCAAAUCGAAGAGGCUCUCAGUCUCGUGUCCGAGCUGAUGCCGCCUUUGCCCAAAGAUGGCGUGUUCGACCACAAGAGCUAUACCGAGAAGUCGCUCUCUCGUAUGGUCAAGGCCAAAGCCAAAGCCGAUCGCGCCGCUGCUCGUCAAGCAGCUGCCAAUGCGGCGGCGAGCGUGUCUGGUCUCGCUAUUGACACGCCUAUCAGCGGCUCUGCUCCCGUAACACCCUCCGCUGAUGAACCUCCUGCUACCGAGGUGGUCCCCGUCCCCAGCUCCGAGCCUUCUCAGAGCAACAGCGACGAGAUUGCAGUGGCAAGCCCCGUUGCCCCGCUCGAUAGGACGGAACUGCUGAAAUCGAAGCCGAACUUGGUCGGCCACUUUAUGCGACUAAUGGUGCCAAUCCUAGUGGACGUUUAUGCCGCCAGCGUGAUCACCCCUGUGAGGGUUAAAACCUUAACAGGGCUUCUCAAGGCUGUAAGUUUCCAGGAUGACGACGGCCUUCGGCGCGUUCUCGAGUGUGUUCCUGUGGCGAGCUUCGCGUCGUCAAUUCUUUCCUCUAAGGAUCAUCCAUCGCUUGUUAUCGGUGCCCUUCAACUGGUGGAGAUGUUGUUGACGAAGGUGCCGGAAGAGUACAAGCCUGCCUUCCAUCGGGAAGGUGUCUUCCACGAGAUUGAGGCGUUGGCUUCUCGAAACCUCCUUGUUUCCAGAUCAAAGGACAAGGACAAGGACAAAGAAGCUAAGGACGCUCCUUCUUCGGUACUCCCGCCUUCGGAUCUUGCAUCCAAUGCAUCCAUGCCUCCUCCCAUUCCAGUUGUGCCAUCCUCCAAGAAAUCGUCGUCCAACACUCUCGACCCCGAGGAUGCUGUGACACUAAGAGCGAGGGUGACCCGUUUCAAGUUCCUCACGGACGAUAUGACCAAGGCUGCGGAUGGCACCAUGAAGGCACUUCAGCGUCUCGCGGAGAGCCUAUCACCAGUGGAUGCCUCGGAGGAGCAGAUUGCAGAAGCAUUACAGGCUCUGGCUAGUCUCUUCGCAUCGUCAUCAGUCUCUAGCUUCGAGCUGCUGCAGAGUGGUGUGGUCGAUUGCCUUCUGAAUCUUGCAACUGAUGAGACCCGCCAAGUGAGUGUAUCCCGACGACAGGAGUUGCUCUUCGCGACGUUCACCGUGAGAAACGCCGAAGAGGAUGUCACUCCGCUUGCUGUUCUGGUGAAGAAGUUACAGGAGAGCUUAACGAGGAUGGAAUCAUACGAGGUCAUCACCGUUAGCCAAGGUUCCGAUGACAACAAGCGGAGCUCCCCCUCCCUGUUGGCGCGGCAACUCCGCCUUCGUCUGGUUGCCGCGGAUGAUUCAGACAUUCCGCGCAACCUGAACAAUAUGGUCGUGUCUAUCCACGCCAUCGCCACAUUCCAGGCUCUGCACGAUUACCUUCGUCCACGUGUGUCGGGACUUUUCUCCGGCAACUCCCGUUUGCUGGCAGCGGCUUUGGCUAGCGGCUUUGGCGCGGGACCAUCAUCAUCCCGACCGUCUCUCUCGGAAUCGCUGCCUUCGUUGAGCGCUCGACCUGCAGAUGAACAAGGCAGCUCUGCUUCGGCGCCCGCGCCGACUAUUGCGCGCAGGCGCAGUCAGCGGCUGAGCGCGAAGAGAAUUAGCGCCAACGCGGAACCUGAUAGCGGCUCCUCGGCUUCUACACCAAAGAUUGCAGAGGCGUCUUCAAGCAGAUCCGCUGAGAGCGUGUCCAGUAUUUCAGGGCCAUCACCGCCGCCUACCGCUUCAGAUCCUGCGGGAUCUACUACUGUAUCCGCUGUCGGAGCAUCGGAAGCAGCACCGAGUGAAACCCUGGUCGGUGGAGAAGAGGACCACGACGUAUUCCCCGACGAGGACGUGGAUGACGAAAUCAUAGACGACGAUAUGGACCCGGAUACCUCCAUGAACGAGAAGACGAUUACACUUUCCUUGGUGGACGAUGGCUCGAGGGUGGAAGCAAAGACGCCUGACGGCACUAGGGUAGCGACACCCAGGGAGACAGUUACGCCACAGCCUCGCAAAGCCUCAUACGCCGCAGCAUUGAAGGCGAAGCCGACGGACUGGCAUCUCGAGUUCUCCAUGGAUGAUACGACGUUACCUUUAGAUCUUACUAUCUAUGGUGCCAUUCACCAACACGAGUUGCGCAAAAAGACGGGACCUUCCAUUCCACCGAAUAUGAUUUGGCAGGGCAUCUAUACUGUCAAGUUCAAGAAGGUGCCAGGCCCUGCUCCGAACCUCGAGGAUCGCAACGACGAUGGCUUGGCAAGAAGCCGAUCACCGAAUUUAGUACUAUCGUCAUUACCGGAAGAUGCUUCGCACACAAAGAUCCUGCGCCUACUUCGCGUGAUUCACAAGCUCAACCAAACUGCGGGCGAGAAAGUAGUCAUGCAGAUCGAUGAUGGCGUCCUCGCCGAGUCGGCCUUUGUGAACAACAAAUUAACGGCGAAGCUCAGCCGACAAUUAGAGGAGCCGAUGAUUGUAGCAAGCUCUUGCUUGCCGGAUUGGGCCCUCGAUCUGCCCCAGCACUUCCCCUUCUUGUUCCCCUUCGCAACACGUUACAACUUCUUGCAGUCCACGUCCUUUGGCUAUGCGCGCCUCAUCCUCAAGUGGCAAAGCCAGCAGACUCGAGGCCAGGACUCAUCUCGCCGGGAUGACAGCAUCGCGUAUCUUGGACGACUCCAACGGCAGAAAGUCAGGAUAUCUCGGAAGCACAUUCUUGAGUCGGCCAUGAAGGUCUUUGAGCUUUACGGCUCGUCUUCUUCGGUAUUGGAGGUGGAGUACUUUGAGGAGGUUGGAACAGGCCUCGGACCAACACUGGAAUUCUAUUCCCUGGUUUCUCGGGAGUUCGCGCGACGCACGUUGAAGCUCUGGAGAGACGCUGAUGUCAAUUCGCCCGGUCUCUACGUGCAACAUCCUACUGGCUUGUUCCCAGCCCCCAUAAGCCCAGAUGACGCGGGCAACGAUGGCACGCAAAAGCGGACGCACAUCUUUCGGGUCAUUGGGCAAUUCGUCGCCAAGGCCAUGCUUGACUCUCGUAUCAUCGAUAUGUCGUACAACAAGAUCUUCCUGAAGCUUGUGCUUGGGGAACAAGUCCCAUUGACCCUAGAGACCCUCAAGCUCGUCGACGCGGAUCUCGCGAGCUCCCUGAGCAAGCUUAGGAGGAUGGCGAAAGCGAAGGAGGAGCAGGAGCCCGCAGAGAAUGUCGACAAGGCGGAGUCCGUUAACGUUGAGGAUCUCGCCCUUGACUUCACGAUUCCUGGCUAUGACAUUGAACUCAAGCCUGGCGGCCGCGACAUCGCAGUUACCGCGGACAAUGUCGAGGAGUAUAUUGAAUCCGUAAUUGACGCCAUCAUAGGCUCCGGCGCCCAACCCCAGGUACAGGCGUUCCGAGAAGGAUUCUCCAAGGUGUUCCCCAUUACCGACUUGCAAGCCUUCUCUGCCGAUGAGCUGGCCAUGCUCUUCGGCAACACGGACGAAGACUGGAGCGUCGAGACACUCAGCGAAGCGUUGAAGGCGGAUCACGGCUUCAACGUGGAGAGUCGUGCCAUCCGCAAUCUGGUCGAAAUUAUGGCUGCUUAUGAUGCGCCGACUCGUCGUGGCUACCUCCAGUUCAUCACCGGAAGUCCGAAGCUGCCUAUUGGCGGUUUCCGUGGACUGAACCCCCCGCUGACUGUCGUCCGCAAACCGCACGAACCCCCGCUUACUGCGGACGACUACCUGCCCAGCGUGAUGACCUGCGUCAAUUAUCUCAAGUUACCGGACUACAGCUCGAAAGAGGUUAUGCGAGAGAAACUGCAUACAGCUAUGAAAGAGGGUGUAGGAAGCUUCCACUUGUCGUAAUCAUCGCUUUCUCUGUGUACGUCGCUUUGCUUAAUGUCUCAGGUGUCUCCGUCCAUGUUAUGUAUAUACGUAGAAGACCAAGCCUCAAUGUAAUAAC